AUGGAUGACAUAUUCACAAACCCUUUUAGUGAUAUGUAUGGUUUCACUGUAAGCUCAGGAGGAUCAGGAAAUCCAGAAAAUGAUGAUUCUACAUCAAACAAUACCAACACAAAUCAAAUCAAAGAGAAAAGGAAGGAAGCAUGGGAAUCAGAAAGCGCGUUUGGAACUUUUAAUCGUCCUCCAAAGUUAAUGGCUAUUGAAGAUUAUACAAGAUGGGCAAUAAAAUUUGAAGAAUGGCUGAUGGCGUUUGCUUUCCCCAGCUGGAAAAGCAUGAAAAAUGGGUAUGCUGCGGGUAAAAACAAUGGUGAAGUAUUGAGAAGUAAUGAAGAGAUUGAUCUAUUCGUUGCUGAACAGAAAUGUGUAGCACUACUAUUUCAAUCUGUCAGGGAAGAUAUUAUUUCACUAAUCAGCUACACCAACGCCAAAGAUUUGUGGGAUAAACUGGGAAAGAAAUGUCUGGGAAGUAAAGAAAUCUUAAAGAACAAAACUAAACUACUAAAAAAGGAGUUUGAUAUGUUCAGUUGUUUCAAAAAUGAGUCAGUCUGCAAGAUGAUCGAACGUUUUGGUCAUCUUAAAUUGGAACUUGCACGUCAUGAUAUCAAAUAUCCUGAUGAGGAGAUAGUUGAUAAACUGUUCGAUUCUUUACCAGAUGAAAUGGACUGGAGGUACUAUGCUUUGAUGUUGAAAAACACCAUUCCGCCAGCAGAACUAAAACCAGAUGUAGUGAUUGAACGACUGGAAAGCCAUGAGCUAGAAUUGAAGAAAACGUACAAAGUCAAUCAUUCAUAUCAACAAAAUCCAGAACUAUACUAUCCCAAAAGUUUGAUGCCCAAAGCCUCAUCACCGAAAACUGCAUUUUCUGCCGAAAACAUAUCUCCAGCUCAUAAAGAAAAUCAAAGCAACUCAAACAAAGAAAGUCACAGUGGAUAUCAUAGUGGGUCUACUUCUAUUCCUACUGCCUCGACAAAUCGUUCUGAUUCAAAGUUCUCAUGUAAUAUUGCUGUUGACCUGAAGAAUGCACAAAACUUUGAUGAAGAAUCUGUGAAGCAACAGAUGGUGUUUCUAGCAUCUGUGCUAGAAUCAUAUGAGGGGCUGAUUGCUGGAAAAAUUGGGAAUACUAAUCUGACAAAAGAAGACUAUGAUCAGAUAGAUCCCGAAGAGAUGGAGUUAAUUGAUAUCCAAUGGGCAAUGGCGAGUGCAGUGCGACGUGCACAACGCUUUAUGGAGAUAACGGGAAGAAAAACAAUCGGUGGUCCUUCAACAAAGCUGGGAUUUGAUAAAUCAAAGGAAGUAUUACCUGAAGAUGAUGCUAUUGGUUAUGCUUUUAUGGCGAGUCAUAAUGAACCAAUUCAAUGGAAGGAUAAUCGUACAGAACAACAAAAGUACGAAUAUCGAAAAAUGGUUGCUGAAGCAAAGAUCAUCCGACUCUCAGGUGUUUAUGAGGAAGCAACACGUGCAAACCGAUGGGAUCCAGAUAGAGAGUGUUAUUUGGAUGAAUAUGGUAACAUUGCUGUCGACUACAAGAAGAUAGACAUUGAAGCCAUUAUCCAAGAAUACAAAGAAGAGGAUGAGUACUGGCAACACAAAUGGUGGGGUACACCAACAUCGAAAAUGAUCGAGGAAGAAAGAGAGAAAGAAAGAAAAGAAAAGGAGAAGAUAGAAGAACCUGUGAAAAUUGACACCGGGUUGAUCAACACUGCACAGGAGAUGACAGCUGAAAACUUGAGAGAAAUGGCUGAUAAAGUGCUUGCUGUCAAAGCACUUGAGGUAGAUUCUACUCCUAAUUCUGAGUUAAAGAAACAGGUCAGUCAAACUAAGUCAUCAACUGUGUCAGUCACAUACCUCAAUGGGGAGAAAAUCAAGAAUCUGACAGAUAAUGUUAGAAAACUUGAAAGUCAAAUUCUUGAUUGUGAUAAAGAGUCAAAAGAAUCAGCUGAACAAAUAAAAGAAUUAAAAACUGAAAACCUGAAAAUUAAAGCUGAUCAUGACAAAAUUCUUCUUGAAAGCAGAGAUAUAGAACCUCGCACAUACAAAGAGGCACUUACUGAGGAUUCCUGGGUCAACGCGAUGCAGGAAGAAUUGAAUCAAUUUGAAAAGUUGAAAGUUUGGAAGCUGGUAGAUCUACCUGAAGGUCAUCGGAAAAUAAAUACCAAAUGGGUGUUUAAGUGUAAGAGGGACGACAGAGGAGUAGUAGUCAGAAACAAAGCUCGGCUCGUCGUUCAAGGUUUCAGUCAACAGGAGGGAAUUGAUUUUACAGAGCUUGAUGUAAAGUCGGCCUUUCUAUAUGGCAAAGUGAAAGAGGAAGUAUAUGUGGGACAGCCACCGGGGUUUGUCGAUCCACAUCACUCAAACAAAGUGUAUCUUUUGGAUAAAGCUUUAUAUGGCUUGCACCAGGCCCCGAGAGCCUGGUAUGAGACUUUGUCUCAGCACUUGCUAGCCAAUAACUUCAUCCGGGGAACAAUUGAUGCUACUCUUUUCACAAAGAUUGUUGAUGUGGUUGAUGGAAUUGUUAGCGUUGAUGCAGAAACCACUGUGGAUGAUGAUGAUAAACAAUCUGCAAUGGGACGAGGAAAAGACACUAACAAAGGACACAAUGUUCCAAGUGCAAUUGAUGAGGUCUCUACAAAAGGAACAGAAGCAGAAAAAAUGGCUGAGUGCUUAAGAAAAAGCAGAAUUGCUAAGGCAUUGUCUGAUACAACAAUAGUUUAUGAAUCUCAUGUUAGAAGAUUCUGGGACACUGCAAGGUUUGAAGAAAAGGAUAAUAAAAUUCAUGCAGUAGUCAAGAAGAAAGAUGAAAACAACAAGGAUAUUGAUGUUGAAGUAGUGUUUGGAGUAGAGGACAUAAGAAGGGUCCUUGAUUUACAAGAUUCUGACAAUGAUCCAACGAUCAUGUCAGAACGUCUUGCUAAAGGGCUAUGGUGUAGAUUGGGAUUUUCUUCACACAUCAACGGAAAAAUGUUCAAAAGGAGUUUCUCGAAACAAUACAGAUACUUAAUGCAUUGCUUAGUGCAUUCCCUAUCUCACAGAAAGGGAGCCUAUGAUGAGGUGUCUGACUACAUAAUGAACAUUGUUGUUAAAAAUUGCUUAGCCGGGAAAGACAAAUACAUUAUGUACCCAAGAUUCAUUAUGAUGAUCUUGGAUGACAAAGUUAAGGAUUUGCCAAAGAAUAAUGAUGAUAUUAUGGCAAUGGCUGAAGUGAAUAAGACUGCUAUUCUGAGAAUCACAAAGGAGAAGGAUGCUAAAACAAAAGAGUUGAUCUGUGCAUUAAAGGAUGAAUCAUACGUAGCUCCUGAAAAUGAUAAAUGGAGACAUGAUAAUAGUGAUUCAGACAAUGAAGACAAUAAGAUGAGUGAAAUGAUUGAAAAGAAAACCAGAUGGUGGUGUAUCAAAGAUGGAAAGAGAAAGAGAACACCAAAGUCGACCCCUGUGGUUGUAAUUAAAGAAACAGCAAAGGGGUCUUCUGAAGAACCUCAAAGAAAGCUAAUUGAUGAACCUGUCAUAGAACCGAGGGAGGUGGUUGAUAAAGGUGUUGGUUUAAAAGAGACUUUGGAAAGCUAUUUUAAAAAGCAUGAAGAGGCUGAACAAGCACAAGCUCAAAAGAAAGUUGGUCAAGAAGAGGAAGCUCAAAAGAACUCCAGUAAUGAAGAUUCAGAAGAAACUUUAUCUGAAUCUGAACUGGUCAAAGAGACAGUGGGAAAAGGAAAGGUACAACUGAAGAAAAGACCUUUAAAGAAAAGAAAGAAUUCUGAAGAUGAAGAUUCACCGUACAAUCCUGAGGAUUCCCAGAAAAACAGAAAGAAAAGAAAAGCUACUCGCACCGGUGAUAUUCCAAGAGUGGUUAGAGCAAAGAAACAGAAUGCUAAAUCACAAAAAGAGAAGGAAGGAAAGAAGAAACAGGACACUGCUGAAACUAGUCCUGUAGUUGAGAUACCAAAAGAAGUUCCUUUAACAGAAAUUCCAAUAGAAACACAAACUUCUUAUGAUGAUUAUGUGGAGAUUACCGGAGUCAAAUCUGCUAAACAAACAUCUGAUCGUCAUGAUAUUCCAGAAUCAUCACAACGAAAGACAGAUUAUUUCAACUUAGAUUUUGAUAGCCUUGGUGGUGCUACUGGAGAUUUCUUUAAAGAUAUGCCAGAAAGUGAAGGAGACCUAUUUCAUGAUAAAAAGAUGAAAGAAUUGGAAGAAAAAGUUAAAGCCUUGGAAAAGGAAAAGGAAGAAAACGAAGCUGUACAAAUAAAGUUGAAGGAAAUGAUUGAUGAGUUGGAGAAACGGCACGAAGACGUAAUGGAUGCAGUGCUUACAAAAGAUGAGAAUUUGAAUGAAAUGAAGGAAGAUAUAAAAGAUAAUGCAGAACUUAUUAGCGUACUUACUGAUGAAAUUGCUGCAUUGAACGCCAAAGUCAAAGACUUGCAGAAUAUCAAUCAGACUUUGAAUCAACUCUUAAAUGAGAUGAAUGAAGCUUCGACAAAUGAAAUGAAGGCAAUGAAACUAGAGAUGGAAGCUAUGAGAGCAGAUAAGGUGAUGAAAGAUAAGCAACUAGAAAUGCUUACGGCUGUGAUUGAAGCACAUCUGAAGGUGAACAUCCACGAGGCUUUUGAUCAAGUUGACAUUAUCAAGGCAAAUGAAAGAAGGAAAGAAAGAGAAAGACAGCUUGCUGAAGAAGCUAACCUGAAAAAUAAAGGCAUAGCAGAAGAAGUUGAAGUUGUUGGUUCUUCACAAAAUCAACUUGAGGUAGGUGGAUCAUCUUCUCAACCAGAAAUUGAAAUGGUGGAUACUCAAGAUGUUACAGUAAAUGAUGAAGAAAUGGUGGAAGCAGAAAAUGAAGCAGUUCAUGAACCAGAGUUUAUUAUGGUUGGUGAAUCUGUAGAGCCUAUUAUUCCGGAGAAUGUUUUGAGAGACAUUCAAAUCAUACAAAGAAAGAAAAAGGCUAAAGAAGUAUUACUACUGGAGUACUCUACCGACAAGUUUGUAUUAGUUGGAAAAGCCUAUAGAGUGCCCUAUAGUGAAGAAGAAUCUGCCAAGCUGUUAAGAUUUUUUGAAUUAAAGGAUCAAGGGAAGAUAGCUAGAGGAGAAGUGGAAGAAGAAUCUGAUAGUGAUUUUUGGGAGGAAGAAGAUGAAGAUGAUGAUAAAGAUGAUAAAGCAGACGAUAAAUCCGAUGAUGAUGAUAAGCCUAAUGAUGAUGAUGAUGAUCAAGGCACAUCGGGUUUGCUAAUCAAUGAUCCAUCUGUUCAAGAUAAAGUAAAUGAACUCAUGAAUGAUGAAGUGAAUGAACAGAAUGAUGAUGCAGAGUGUGAAGGGUCAUCUUCUGGAAACCAAUCCGGUGAUCAGGUACAUCAACUCACAUCUACUUUUAUUUCUCUUUCUGAAUAUCAUCAAGGAGAAGUAGAUAUUAUCAGAACAAGAGCUGAAAUGCUUGAGGAGUUGGGGUUAGAAGAUGGGAAGUUUAAAUUUGAUAUCGAAGAUGAAAUCCCAGAGUCUCCGAUUAAAAACUUUGAACCACAAUUUCCACUUGAAGCAGAAUUUUAUGAUAAUGUGACCAUAGAGACUGAUUCAGAUUCGGAAGAAGAAAGAAUAGAUUUUCACUAUGAAGGUGAAGACAUGGCAUUUCCUACAUUCACAGAGUUAUUUGAAGACAUGAAUGCAGAAUUAUUGAAAAGAAAAAUUGAAGAAAGAGUUGCAUCUGCUGAUAUGCCUGAACCAGUUCCAAGAGAAAUUUCUGCUGAAGAGAGAAAGAAAUGGUUCAGAUCAAUGCCAAAGGAAAGAAAGCCUCUUAGAGCCCUACAGUAUUUUACUCAUGAUAAAGACUUAUCUUGGGGUGAUAUUCUUUCUUGGGGGUAUCUGGAAGACUUGAAUGUUUAUGCAAUUCGAAGAGAGCAAGGUGUUCAAUAUUUCAGGUGCAUUUCUGAUCUUGCUACCUUACCUUGGUGGGACGUAGAUGAAUUGGUGGUUACAAAGAAUAUUAAACAACUCUACUACGGUCCUGAAGUAAAACAGAGAGACCAGAAGCUGUGGAAUUACAUCAAGUAUCAAGCAACGAUCAAUUAUCCAGAUUGGAAACCACAGUUUCCUAAAAGAAUUGUGAAGUAUAAAGCUAAAGGUGAGAAGGACGUUACUCUUGAUGUCAAACCGCCAAAGUGUUUGAAGAGCAUGCCUUUAAGGGCUAUUGAGCAGGAUUUCUAUGAUUUAUUUCAAGCAUGGCUCUAUAAUCCUUCUACUGCUGAAGCUGUGAUCUCUUUGUACGAUAAAGACACUGGUGAAGCUAGGAAAAUUUGUAUUCUAGACCCGAUGUGGCUGGUAAAUUGCUCAAAGAAAGACAUAGAUUGCUUGUUUGUCAACAAGAUAAUCUAUGACAAGAAAGACAAAGCCAUUGCUCAGCAGUACCAGAGUGUAGUUGAUGUCUGUUUUGCUAAAGAAAUCAACUCUGGUAAGAACUGGAAAACCUCAUGGAGAGAACUAGAGGUUGAUGAGUUUCUAAAGGUGUACAAGAGAAGUUUAAGAUCCAAGGAAAUUCAGAGAAAAGCUGUUGAAAGAGGAAGACGAAAUCUUGGAUUUGUACCUCCUACUGAUCAGACACCCAUAGAGUCUGAAGAGAACAAGAUCCCUAAGUGGGACAGAAAAAGAGAUGGAGAUCCAGUGUACAGAAAUUGGUGGAUAACAGAGGGAAGACAUAAGAGAAGACAAAUGUUAGCUGAACGAGAAGAGAAGAGAAAACAAAAGGCACGAGAUAGAAGACGCAACAGGAGACUAUUGAACAUGGAAAUCAUAUGUCUUUCUGUAUCUGUAUAUGAUUUGCUGGAUUCCGCACAGCAAUCAUAG